AUGUCUUUUUUAAGCAGUGUUAAAUUUGAAGAUUUUGUUAAAAUUUCUAAAAUAUAUUUCGUCGUCACGCAAGUCAGUAUCAGCGUAGAAGUUCAGCGUGCAACGUCUCAGAUCUUCAGACCGGCGUACAGUUAUUUGCUGGCGGAUAACGUGAAGACAUCAGUUUGUUUUGAUGAUCGAAUGACACUCCCGUUCAACGUUAAGAGCAGAAAUUUAAAGGAAUGCAUUGUCAGAUGUUUGGGGAUGAUGAAUAAUGAAGUGAGAGGGGUGAAUUACAUUCAUUCAAAUGGAUCAUGUUCAUGUGUUCCCAAAGCUAACAUACGUUACGACGUUAUCCCUUCAAAUUCAGUUUACGAUGGACAGCAAUGCUACGUUAAUCACGAUUGCCCGCAGAAUUUCGACUACGUGAUAGAAUACCACAAGUGCUACAAAAUGCAGGACCAGAUUUUGAGCUGGUACGAUGGUAGGUCUCUAUGCAACAGCAUCUCAUCAUCGCAUCCAAUCACGAUUGAGGAUGAUGUCGAAAAUGCUUCUCACAUCGAUUACGUUAAUUUUAUUGAUAUUAUUUACUUGCCCUUGGAUGGUACUUUGUUCUAUAUUACUUUCUCCAGUGUCUCCAUCGGUAUCAUUGGUGUUGUUAGCAUAUUUCAUUAUUGUCCUUCUUGUCGAGAGUAUUAUUGA